UCAGACACAGCAUGGGCCAGGCUGACCUUGGGAGCUUCAGGUUUUACUAGUGCAGAGUAUAAAAUCUAACGCUCCCUUCUACUGGGAUCUCUUGACAGGAUGGGUGCCACCAGGGACUUGCUGUGGUUAUUCCUCCUAAAUGCAGUGCUCCUGGAUGUCAUCUCACCUAAUCCACACAAAAAAGAGUCUUCCCAAAAAGGGUUGGACCAACAUAUCCACCACUGGGAGGAACCUGAUCAUGAUCCUUCAUCCACCAGGGACUCACCUGCUUCAUCUUCCAUCUCUGCAUAUGCCACAACCACUGAUACAUCCCUGUUAAUGCCCUCCCUUCCUCCAGAUGCCACAGCCAAAGAUCCACCCAAGUUCAAGCUGGCCACUCCUUCAGAUGCCACCAUCAGCCUGGUGAACGGCAGCAACCGCUGCGAGGGUCGCGUGGAGAUUUCACACUCCGGGGGCCGGGGCACUGUCUGUGACAAUGGCUGGGACAUGAGAGAUGCCCAGGUGGUGUGCAGGCAGAUGGGAUGUGGAGCUGCUGUUUCUGCACCAUCAGGUGCCUCCUUUGGACGAGGCAGUGGCAGCAUCUACCUGGACUAUGUGAGCUGUGCAGGCUGGGAGUCAUCCAUCUUCCAGUGCAGCCACCGUGGCUGGGGCGUCCACAAGUGUGACCACAGUAAAGAUGCUGGUGUUGUGUGCUCAGCUGCCACAAGCACAACUACAGCCAGCCCCAUCAUCUCUGCUCCUCCAGAUGCCACCAUCAGCCUGGUGAACGGCAGGAACCGCUGCGAGGGUCGCGUGGAGAUUUCACACUCCGUGGCCCGGGGCACUGUCUGUGACAAUGGCUGGGACAUGAGAGAUGCCCAGGUGGUGUGCAGGCAGCUGGGAUGUGGAGCUGCUGUUUCUGCACCAUCAGGCUCCUCCUUUGGACGAGGCAGUGGCAACAUCUACCUGGACAAUCUGAACUGCACAGGCUGGGAGUUGUCCCUCUUCCAGUGCAGCCACCGUGGCUGGGGCAACCACACGUGUGACCACAGUAAAGACGCUGGUGUUGUGUGCUCAGAUGCCUCCACCAUCAGCCUGGUGAACGGCAGGAACCGCUGCGAGGGUCGCGUGGAGAUUUCACACUCCGGGGGCCGGGGCACUGUCUGUGAUGAUGGCUGGGACCUGAGAGAUGCCCAGGUGGUGUGCAGGCAGCUGGGAUGUGGAGCUGCUGUUUCUGCACCCUCAGGUGCCUCCUUUGGACGAGGCAGUGGCAGCAUCUACCUGGAUGAUGUGAACUGCACAGGGUCGGAAUCGUCCCUCUUGAAGUGCGGCCACAAUGGCUGGGGCGUCCACAAGUGUGGCCACAGUGAAGAUGCUGGUGUUGUGUGCUCAGCUGCCACAAGCACAACUACAGCCAGCCCCAUCAUCUCUGCUCCUUCAGCUGCCACAAAUCCUGCCCCUGUCACAAAUCCUCCAGGUCAAAACUUUAUUUGUGGUGAUAUACUUUUUAAGACCUCUGGAACAUUUCAGAGUCCUUCUUUGAAUCCUUCAGAUAAAGCAGAUUGUUUGUGGCAAAUACAUGUAACAAACAAUUUCCUCAUUGCGCUCACUUUUGAUAACAUUCAGUUGCAAGGUGGAUGCCAGAAUGACUAUAUUGAGAUCUAUGAUGGGCCACCCAAGUCUUCUCCUCUACUUGGAAGAAUUUGUUCUAGUUCUCAUCUCACAUACACCUCAACUUCAAAUUUCAUGUCUGUGAGGUUUUACAGCGACUCCAGAUAUUCCAGUGGAAGUUUUAGGGCUCAGUAUCAGUCCUUUCCAGCCGACCAGAACACCACCCUUCUGUGCUUGCCAACCUACAUGUAUGCAGUGGUAGACAGACACUAUCUCCAGUCCCAGGGCUACUCAGUGGACAGCAUCAGCCUGGCAGACCCUCAGUGUGUACCACAAAUUACUUCAACUGAGGUUAUAUUCAACAUUUCAUACAGCAGCUGUGGUACACAUAGACAGGGCAACAACGAAACAAUCACCUACUCCAAUGUGAUAAAAGUGCCUGCUCCUGGCAAAGUCAUCAAGAGGCAAAAGGACCUUCACUUGCACAUCAGCUGCAAAAUGCUGCAGAACACCUGGGUUCAGGUCAUGUACAUUGCUGAUGACAUCAUCGAUGUCAACAAAACCCAGUAUGGCAGAUACGACGUGAGCCUGAUGUUCUACAACUCCUCAUCAUUCCAGUGGGCAGUCCAUGACUUCCCAUACUAUGUUGACAUGAAUCAGAAUUUGUACCUCGAAGCUUCUCUUCACAGCUCUGACAGAAAUCUGACCGUGUUUGUGGACACCUGCGUGGCAUCUCCUAAUUCUAGUGAUUUUAGAACACUGGUCUAUGAAUUGACCAAAAGUGGGUGUGCUAGUGAUCCUAGCUACGCUCUCUUCCCCUCGCCACGCGGCGAUGUCGCUCGGUUCGGGUUUAGAGCCUUCUCCUUCGUGAACCGCUUCCCGUCAGUGUUCCUGCGCUGCGAGCUGCUGGUGUGCAGGCACCACGACUACUCCUCCCGCUGCUACCAAGGCUGUGUUAGCAGGUUCAAGAGGAAUGCAGAUUCUUACCACGAGCAAGUGAAUGUUGUUGUUGGACCCGUGCAGCUUCGGGAAGCUCACGCUGAGAGCAGGAACAUUGGGCUGGCCUCUGACAUCCAAAAGGCAAAAGGGGGGACUCUGAGCUCAGAGCCUGCUGGCAGCUCCCACCUUCCUCUGGCUGUGACCACCGUGGUGCUGGUAGCUGCUCUUCUCACAGCAGGAGGAUUUCUCUGGAAGAGGAAACUGCAGGAAGACAUCCCAUACCAGAAACUAUUAGAGGGCUGUGGUUGUUUUAUUGUUCUGCUGAAGAAAGAGACCUGGAGAGCCACUCCCCUUCAGAAACAGAGACUAUAUAUUGUGAGGUCCUCUUUACCAACAACACCUGGUGAGAUGGGUACCACCACGAUUUUGGCAUGGCUUCUCUUGUUGGGUCCAGCAGUUCUGGAGGCCAAAACAGCUCCCUACGUCCACCUGGUGAACGGAAGGCACCGAUGUGAAGGUCGUGUUGAGGUCUACUACCGAGGACAGUCGGGGACGGUUUGUGAUGACUACUGGGACCUCGCGGACGCCCAGGUGGUGUGCAGGCAGCUGGGGUGUGGCAGGGCCAUUGCAGCUCUAGGAAGUGCCUACUUUGGGCAAGGCUCAGGGGACAUCGUGCUGGACAACGUGAGGUGCAGUGGAAAUGAGGUGUCCUUGCUGCGCUGCAAUCACACGGGGUGGAGGAUCCACAACUGUGCCCACUAUGAAGACGCUUCUGUUGUCUGUUCAGAAGAGUCUGAUUCAAAACAAGCAGAGCCAACAUCAACCUAUACAACAUAUUCAGCACUGGAGACAACAUCCCCAGAAGAGACAACACCCAUAGAACCAACGAGGUCUCUAAGAGAGACAUCAAUGUCAGCAUCAGCAGUCUUCACAGAGGAGAUGACGUCCCCUGGGGAGAUGGUCACCACCGUGCCAAUGACAAGCCUAGAGGUCACAUCCAACCCAUGGCAAAUGACCUCCCCAGAAGAGAUGUCUGCUCUACCAGAGUCCUCUGCCCUACCGCUGUUGCGCACCACGGUAGAGGAGAGCACAACAGCAGGAAUGCCCAGCCCAACACACCCGACCAGUGCAGCAUUACCCACCAGCACGCCAGAGAUGUCCACCUCAUCAGGGAUGACCACCACAGCAGGAUCCAGUGCCACACCAGAGGUGUCCACCUCAACAGUGAUGUCCACCUCAGCAGAGAUGAUAACCUCACCAUUGUUGAGCACCUCAGAGAAAACAGCUAUGAGAGAAGAGGAGAGCACACCAGCAGGGAUGCCCAUGAUAGAGCAGAAGAUAGAGGAAACAGCCUUCAUAGCAGAGACGACCACCUCAGCAGAGACGACAACGACCUCAGUAGAGACAACCACCCUAGCAGAGAUGACGACAACCUCAGCAGCCAUACCCACCUCGGCAGAGCCGACCACCUCAGCAGAGACGACCACCUUAGCAGAGACAACCACCCCAGCACAGACAAGCAUCUCAGAAGAGGCGACUACUUCAGCAUGGAUUGCAAGAGCGGAAAGCAGCCCACCAGCUCCAGCACCCACCACAUCCAGCCCAUACUCCACAGGGCCCAGCGUGCGGCUGUCGGGCGGCAGGAAUGGCUGCGAGGGCCGCGUGGAGCUGUACGACGGCAGCUCCUGGGGCACCGUGUGUGACGACCAGUGGGACCUGCAGGAUGCCCAGGUGCUGUGUCGCCAGCUGGGCUGUGGCCAGCCCCUGGCUGCCCUGGACACGGCACACUUUGGCCCGGGCUCCGGCCGCAUCUUCCUGGACGACGUGCAGUGCCGCGGGGACGAGCCCUCCCUCCAGAUGUGCCGGCACAGCGGCUGGGGCCUGCACAACUGCAGGCACGUGGAGGAUGCCAGUGUCAUCUGUGCAGGUGCCAAUCCAACCCCUCCCGCUCAAUGGCCGUACUCAACAGGGCCCAGCGUGCGGCUGUCGGGCGGCAGGAACGGCUGCGAGGGCCGCGUGGAGCUGUACGACGGCAGCUCCUGGGGCACCGUGUGUGACGACCAGUGGGACCUGCAGGAUGCCCAGGUGCUGUGCCGCCAGCUGGGCUGUGGCCAGCCCGUGGAUGCCCCGCAAAAUGCUCACUUUGGUCCGGGCUCCGGCCGCAUCUUCCUGGACGACGUGCAGUGCCGCGGGGACGAGCCCUCCCUCCAGAUGUGCCGGCACAACGGCUGGGGUGUGCACAACUGCGGGCACGUGGAGGAUGCCAGUGUCAUCUGUGCAGCUGCCAAUCCAACCACUCCUACUCAAUGGCCACUCACAACAGGGCCCCGCGUGCGGCUGUCGGGCGGCAGGAACGGCUGCGAGGGCCGCGUGGAGCUGUACGACGGCAGCUCCUGGGGCACCGUGUGUGACGACCAGUGGGACCUGCAGGAUGCCCAGGUGCUGUGUCGCCAGCUGGGCUGUGGCCAGCCCCUGGGUGCCCCACACAACGCUCGCUUUGGCCCGGGCUCCGGCCGCAUCUUCCUGGAUGACGUGCAGUGCCGCGGGGACGAGCCCUCCCUCCAGAUGUGCCGGCACAACGGCUGGGGCCUGCACAACUGCGGGCACAUGGAGGAUGCCAGUGUCAUCUGUGCAGAGACAUCCACCCCUCUGGAAAUGACCACCAUAGCACCAACCUCUGCCACAUCCGAGGAGUCCAGCCCAGCACUGCUGGACACCACAACCACAACGGCUUCCACAGCAAUGAGCAGCACACCAGCUCCAGCGCCCACCACAUCCAGCCCAUACUCCACAGUGCCCAGCGUGCGGCUGUCGGGCGGCAGGAACGGCUGCGAGGGCCGCGUGGAGCUGUAUGACGGCAGCUCCUGGGGCACCGUGUGUGACGACCAGUGGGACCUGCGGGAUGCCCAGGUGGUGUGCCGCCAGCUGGGCUGUGGCCAGCCCCUGGGUGCCCCACGCAACGCUCGCUUUGGCCCGGGCUCCGGCCGCAUCUUCCUGGACGACGUGCAGUGCCGCGGGGACGAGCCCUCCCUCCAGAUGUGCCGGCACAACGGCUGGGGCCUGCACAACUGCGGGCACAUGGAGGAUGCCAGUGUCAUCUGUGCAGGUGCCCUUGUGUCUGGAUGGGGGAAAGGCUGGACAGAACUCCAUGCUCUCUUCCCCUUUCCAUCCUGUAGCCUGGGUUUUCAUGUCCAUGUCCACAUCCAGGUCCAUGUCCACGUCCAUCCAUUGUUACAAUCCAGCUGUAUUUGCUGUCCAUUUGUUCACUCCCUGUUCUUUGUUGCAGCCACCCAGCCAACCCCUCCUCCUCAAAGGCCGCUCACAACAGGGCCCCGCGUGCGGCUGUCGGGCGGCAGGAACGGCUGCGAGGGCCGCGUGGAGCUGUACGACGGCAGCUCCUGGGGCACCGUGUGUGACGACCAGUGGGACCUGCAGGAUGCCCAGGUGCUGUGUCGCCAGCUGGGCUGUGGCCAGCCCGUGGGUGCCCCACACAACGCCCGCUUUGGCCCGGGCUCCGGCCGCAUCUUCCUGGACGACGUGCAGUGCCGCGGGGACGAGCCCUCCCUCCAGAUGUGCCGGCACAAUGGCUGGGGCCUGCACAACUGCGGGCACGUGGAGGAUGCCAGUGUCAUCUGUGCAGCCACCCAGCCAACCCCUCCUCCUCAAAGGCCGCUCACAACAGUGCCCCGCGUGCGGCUGUCGGGCGGCAGGAACGGCUGCGAGGGCCGCGUGGAGCUGUACGACGGCAGCUCCUGGGGCACCGUGUGUGACGACCAGUGGGACCUGCGGGAUGCCCAGGUGGUGUGCCGCCAGCUGGGCUGUGGCCAGCCCCUGGGUGCCCCACGCAACGCUCGCUUUGGCCCGGGCUCCGGCCGCAUCUUCCUGGACGAUGUGCAGUGCCGCGGGGACGAGCCCUCCCUCCAGAUGUGCCGGCACAACGGCUGGGGCCUGCACAACUGCGGGCACGUGGAGGAUGCCAGUGUCAUCUGUGCAGCCACCCAGCCUACCCCUCCUCCUCAACAGCCACUCACAACAGGUAAGUCCAGCUCACCCAGAUUAGGCCCACUUUUAAAGCCAGCCCCAGUCUGGCACUAUAAGAGAAGAGGGGUGCCCAACACAGCUCAUCCUGGUCAGUGCUAUGCUUCUGAUAUAUUGGUUUUUACCGAUAUCACUGAAUGGGACAUGCCUUGGCUUUUCUGGCUCCUGCUGCUGAACCAAAUAGCAGCAACUGUGGUGUUUUCACCCCAGAGACACUCUGACUUUUUGCUCAGUCACUGCCCUUCCCUGAUCUCCCUAUAUCUGCAACACCCCAGAUCAAAGUCACAGAGGCAAAAUCUGCAAAACAGUAGGGGAGGUAGUUGGGAUUGUGCAUGCUGGGUUGGAGGCACACGAACCAAUAGCGUGUUCCGUGUGGCAGGGCCCCGCGUGCGGCUGUCGGGCGGCAGGAACGGCUGCGAGGGCCGCGUGGAGCUGUACGACGGCAGCUCCUGGGGCACCGUGUGUGACGACCAGUGGGACCUGCAGGAUGCCCAGGUGCUGUGUCGCCAGCUGGGCUGUGGCCAGCCCCUGGGUGCCCCACACAACGCUCGCUUUGGCCCAGGCUCCGGCCGCAUCUUCCUGGACGACGUGCAGUGCCGCGGGGACGAGCCCUCCCUCCAGAUGUGCCGGCACAACGGCUGGGGUGUGCACAACUGUGGGCACAUGGAGGAUGCCAGUGUCAUCUGUGCAGAGACAUCCACCCCUCUGGAAAUGACCACCAUAGCACCAACCCCUGCCACAUCCGAGGAGUCCAGCCCAGCACGGCUGGACACCACAACCACAACGGCUUCCACAGCAAUGAGCAGCACACCAGCUCCAGUGGCCACCUCAACACCUCCACCAGCACCUUAUUUUUGUGGUGGCUCAGUCUCAGAUUCCUCUGGGGUGCUGGAGAGUCCCAACUAUCCUGGAAAUUAUCCGAACGAUGCUGACUGCGUGUGGGAAAUACAAGUAAAGAACAAUUUCCGUGUAACGCUCACAUUUAGAGAUAUUAUGAUGCAAAGCGGGACGUGCCAGCAGGACUACAUUGAAGUCUAUGAUGGACCUCUCCACUCUUCCCCUCUUCUUGGGAGAUUCUGUUCUGGUUCCUUUCCCACAUACGUGUCCUCUUCAAACAUGAUGAGUGUUCGCUUCCACAGCGAUUCCAGAUACUCCUUCAGAGGGUUUCAGGCUCACUACUCCUCCAUUCCAGCAGGUCACAACACCACCAUUCAGUGCUUGCCAGACUACAUGCACGUAGUGGUCAACAGGGACUACCUCCAGUCUCAAGGCUACUCAGCACAGAGGGUCACCCUGAACGACAAUCGCUGCAGACCGACAGUCACCUCACAGGAGGUUGUAUUCAACAUCCCCUACAGCGGCUGUGGGACAGUACAAGAGGAGAACAACGACACAAUCAACUACUCCAACACCAUCAGGCUCGCAUCUUCCGGGUACAUAAUCAGGAGGAAAAAGAACAUCAACUUGCACGUCAGCUGCAAAAUGCUGAGGAAGAGCUGGCAGCAGGUGGUGUACACUGCUGAGGACACCGUGGAUGUGGACGAGUACCAGUUUGGAAGAUACAACAUGAACAUCACCUUCUACGAUUCCCCAGCGUUCCAGCGCCAAGUGCGCAGCUCUCCCUACUACAUCGACCUCAACCAAAACCUCUACCUCCAAGCCUGUCUUCACAGCUCAGACCCAAACCUGAAGGUGGUUGUGGACACGUGUGUGGCAUCACCCGACCCUCGUGAUUUUAACAGGCUGGCCUAUUACUUAGUCAGGAAUGGGUGUCCUAGAGAUUCUUCCUAUGCCACGUACUACUCCCCUUCCAGCCACUUUGCUCGGUUCAAGUUUAACGCCUUCGAGUUCAUGAGCCGGCACCCGUCGGUGUUCCUGAAGUGCCAGAUGCUGGUCUGCAGGCUCGGGGACUACUCCUCCCACUGCUACCGGGGCUGCAGAUCCAGGGCCAAGAGAGACACCAGCUCUGCUGAGGAAAAAGUGGAUGUGGUGGUUGGGCCCCUUCAGCUCCGAGGAGGGGAUGCUCCAAAUGGGAAAACCAGGAAAGACGAAUCAAGUGGAGCUUGGUGGAACCAGCUAGACACUGACCUAAGCUCAAUAUGGAACAAAUUUGCCGAGUGGAUUAAAGAAAAAUUGGAGCAGAAAGUUCCACCACAACCACAGCUGAGACUGGAAUCUGGAGGGCACCGAUGCGCCGGGAGGGUUGAAGUUUUUCAUGAUGGAAAAUGGGGCACAGUCUGUGAUGAUUAUUUCAAUAUGAACAGUGCCAACGUUGUGUGCAGACAACUUCACUGUGGCCAAGCUGUCUCUGUCCUGGGACUGUCUUACUUUGGCCUCAGUGGAAAAGUUAUCCAGUUGGAUGAUGUGCAGUGUAGAGGAACUGAAUCCCACCUUUGGGACUGCCGGCAUGCCGGCUGGGGCAAGCACAACUGUGGACUCAAUGAGGAUGUUGGUGUCAUCUGCUCAGAUGCAAUGCAAUCCACGGUUGCACCGACAGCAACAGUCUCUCCUACUGCUGGACCUGCAGAUGUGACCACAACAACAGUCUCUCCUACUGCUGGACCUGCAGACACAACCACAACAACAGUCUCUCCUACUACUGAGCCUGCAGAUGAAACCACAACGUCAGUCUCUCCUAGUACUACACCAGCAGACAUUACCGCUACAGGGCUCAUUCCUGUGCCUCACUACGUGAAGCUGCUGUUGCUGAAAUACCUGAAGAGCCUGUGCCAGCCAACAAGACCUGGGAUGCCAGAAGUGACAUUGGAAGGGUGUGUAUAUGACCCAACCUGUGGGAAUCACCCUUCAUCAGGCCAGAGGCUCAUCCAGCUCCGUUACAAAGCUCCUGUCAAUGCCAGAGUUUGCCUACGGUGCAAAGUGUCAGGGUGCAUCUUACGCCCUCCUCCUCCUCCUCACAGACCCUUCCCAGGGAACAGGUUUCCUCCUCACAGACCCUUCCCAGGGAACAGGUUUCCUCCUCACAGACCCUUCCCAGGGAACAGGUUCCCCUAUCCCAGACCCUUCCCAGUGUACAGAAGAGCCAGGAGAAGCACAAAUGACGGCGUCGUUGUCAUCAUCGCUCCCCACAGGAGGUAUAAAAGUCAGGAAAGCCAAAGCCUGCCCUCCCCACCUGCCCUCAAAAUGCAGCUGCUCAGGCAGUUCCUCCUCCUGCCUCUCUUCACUGCUCUGGCUCUCUCUGAAGGCAACUCAGUAGAAUUCACAGGGGUGCCUCACUGUGGGGCUUCGCUUCAUGAGCCCAACAAAGCACUAAGGAUUGAACUAAAUGCAAAUGCAAGCUGCACCUGGCAAAUCCAGAGGAAUGCAAAUCAAACAAUUAGGCUCAUUUUCUCCUAUUUUAAAUUUGCUCCUUCUUCAAGCUGUGAAACAGAAAGCAUUAAAGUGUUUGAUGGUCCCUCCACUGCUUCAGCUCUCCUUGGACAAGUGUGUGAUGACACAGAUGCAGUCCCAGUGCUUGAAUCAUCCUCAGACAGUUUAACUUUUCUCAUAACAACCAACUCCGCGGCUUUCACACGAAACUUCUUCGUCUACUACUACUUCUUUUCACCAGGAUCAAAAACCGAAAACUGUGGGGGACAAUUAACUGGUCCCAAUGGGACAUUCAGCAGCCCCAACUACCCAGCACCUUACCCUCAGUUCAGAUACUGUGUCUGGCACAUACAAGCACCAAAAAACUCAAAGAUAAACUUGGAGUUUCAAGAUUUUUUCCUGGAAUUGGACAGAAACUGCCAGCUUGACUUCACAGCAGUCUAUGAUGGCCCCACCAGUGACUCUGGGCUCCUGGGGAAAGUGUGUGGGCGUGCCCAGCCCACAUUUGAGUCUGCCUCCAACACGAUGACAGUUGUGCUGUCCACAGAUGACACCAACUCCUACAGAGGAUUUUCAGCUCAGUAUUCCACUGCUCCCCUGCCAGGCCCCAUGGAGCCCAACACAACCCUUACAUGCUCCUCAGACAGCAUGACAAUUGUUCUGAGCAAGUCUUACCUGGCCUCCCUUGGCUUCAGGGAAGCUCACCUGCAGCUGAAUGAUCCAUCUUGCAGACCAGUUGUAACAGAUUCAGUGAUUUUCUCCUUCCCAUUGGCCAGCUGUGGAACAAUUAAAAAGGAUGAAGGGCACAGCAUCACUUACACCAACUCCAUCUCCCUGGCUGCAGCUGGCAGCGCCAUCACCCGCCGCAGGAGCACCGAGAUCACUGCCCAGUGCACCAUGAGCAACAACGAGACCGUGCAGCUCAUCUACACCACGACAAACAACGCCAUCCAGAACCUGGCUGCUCAGGGCAGGUACAACGUCAGCAUGGCCUUCUACGAGUCGGAUUUGUUCUCCAAGCCUGUCCAAUACUCCCCAUACUACGUAGACUUGAACCAAACUCUCUUUGCUGAAGUGACUCUUCAUUCCACGGACCCAAACCUCCAGGUGUUCAUUGAUACCUGCACUGCAUCUCCCCAGCCUGGUUUAGGAUCACUGACAUACGACUUAAUCAGGAGUGGCUGCAAUAAAGAUGACACUGUGGUAACCUACCCAGCGUUUGAAAACCAUGGAAGGUUCAAAUUUAGGGCCUUCAGGUUCCUGAGGAGCUUCCCAUCAGUUUAUCUGCAGUGUGACGUUGUGAUCUGUGACAGCAACACCACCAACUCUCGCUGUGCCAGAGGCUGCAUCUCCAGGCAGAAAAGAGCCACCUCUCCCUACACAUGGAAAACUAACACUGUGGUGGGUCCCAUCUGCCUGAAAAGAGAUCCCAGGGCUGCUGAGCACCCAGAAUCCCUCACUGAAGUGGAAGCUGACAAAACACCAAACCUGCAACAGUACAACUUCUACACUCUGGCAUUUGUGGUUUUAAUUUCAAACAUUCUCAUUGUGGUAGCUGUGAUACUGAAGCAUCACAAGCACCAGCUUUUGCCAGAAAUGUUUGUGCACCCAGCUGAGGGGUUUACCAUGAAGUCCCUACACCCUCCAAUUUACACCCCAGAAUCCAAGAGCAACAUACAGAAUGAAGUUUGA